GUGGAUAGCAGCUAUUCUGGUGUUGUCCACACCAGUCGAAAUCGACCAACAUUGCCCUAGUCUCCCCAUCAAUCUUGUGAAUUAUGAUAUUUGUACUGCGGAGAUCACCAAAAACAAGGUCAUGACUAUGGAGCAAUGUGAUGGCACGCUCAACAUCAUGUACAAUCGCGUUGUGUUCUGA